GAGUGAGGACGAAGUGGGAAAGACAAGCAAGUAAAAGAAAGCUCCACUAGUUAGGUCGCUCUCUCUCUCUGGGCCUUUUUCCCACCUUCAGUCCCCCCUCCCCCCCGCCUCCCUCACCUCGCUUCUCUCGGUCUCUCGCUGACAUUUAGCCUCCCCUCCCCCUCACCUCUCUGUCUCUGUCUCUCUCCUUUUUCUCUUAGUCUCUCUCUCUCUCUCUCUCUCUCUCUCCGUUACUUCUCAAGGAGCGAAGGAGCGCAGUCUGGGGCGCGCACGGACCAGCUGUGGCUCAGCAGUCCUCUUCGGAGGUGUCCCUUGGCAACUGAACCUGGUGCUGGGCUCUCUGGGCCUGAGGUCCGACGGCCGCCAGGUGACGGGCGCGCCCUCCAGAAGCCCCCACCUAAGGGGCGGUGCCACUGGCAGGCGCCCAGCCCACCGCGGCCCCGAGACCCCGCCCCCCGUCGGGUUGCCGGUUUCCCGCACCUCUAUUUUAAGGCACGAGCACAGCAGCGGUGGCCUCAGUCCCCGCCUGCAGUGCCUUGGCUCGCGUCCCUUCCCCACUUCUCCUAAGGGCCUUGCCAGCAUGGGUCCCUGGCCCGGCUCGCCGCUCGCCGCCCUCCUGCUGCUCCUCAUCCGCGCUAGCAACGUGCACUGCGACACUCCUGCCAACUGCACCUACCCUGACCUGCUGGGCACCUGGGUCUUCCAGGUGGGCCGCAGCGGUUCUCAGCGCGAGGUCAACUGCUCGGUUAUGGGACCACCAGAAAAAAAAGUAGUGGUGCACCUUAAGAAGUUGGAUACGGCAUAUGAUAGCUUUGGCAACUCUGGCCAUUUCACCAUCAUUUACAAUCAAGGCUUUGAGAUUGUGUUGAAUGACUACAAGUGGUUUGCCUUUUUUAAGUAUAAAGAAGAGGGCGGCAAGGUAACUAGUUACUGCCAUGAAACCAUGACUGGCUGGGUGCAUGAUGUGCUGGGCAGGAACUGGGCUUGUUUCACGGGAAAGAAGGAGGGAAAUACCUUUGAGAAUGUGAACGUGAACACAGCACACCUUGAGAAUCUCCAGGAAAAGUAUUCUAAUAGGCUCUACAAAUACAACCACAACUUUGUGAACGCUAUCAAUGCCAUUCAGAAGUCUUGGACUGCGACCGCAUACAUGGAAUAUGAGACUCUUACCCUGAAAGAGAUGAUUAGGAGAGGUGGUGGCCACAGCCGGAGGAUUCCAAGGCCCAAACCUGCACCAAUAACUGCUGAAAUACAGAAAAAGAUUUUGCAUUUGCCAGCAUCCUGGGACUGGAGAAAUGUUCAUGGUACCAAUUUUGUUACUCCUGUUCGAAACCAAGGGUCUUGUGGAAGCUGCUACUCAUUUGCUUCUAUGGGGAUGAUGGAAGCAAGAAUCCGUAUACUAACCAACAAUACCCAGACCCCAAUCUUGAGUCCUCAGGAGGUUGUGUCUUGCAGCCAGUAUGCUCAAGGCUGUGAAGGUGGCUUCCCAUACCUCAUUGCAGGAAAGCAUGCCCAAGAUUUUGGGCUGGUGGAAGAGGCCUGCUUCCCCUACACAGGCACAGAUUCUCCAUGCAUACUGAAAGAGGACUGCUUCCAUUACUACUCCUCCGAGUACCACUAUGUGGGAGGUUUCUAUGGGGGCUGCAAUGAAGCCCUGAUGAAGCUUGAGCUGGUCCAUCACGGGCCCGUGGCAGUUGCCUUUGAAGUGUACAAUGACUUCUUCCACUACCACAAGGGGAUUUACCACCACACUGGUCUGAGAGACCCUUUCAACCCCUUUGAGCUGACCAAUCACGCUGUCCUGCUGGUGGGCUAUGGCACUGACUUGGCCUCUGGACUGGAUUACUGGAUUGUUAAAAACAGCUGGGGCCCUGGCUGGGGUGAGGAUGGUUACUUCCGGAUCCGCAGAGGAACCGAUGAGUGUGCAAUUGAAAGCAUAGCACUGGCGGCCACACCAAUUCCUAAAUUGUAGGGUGUACCUCCCAGCGUUUCAUACUGACCACCAUCAGUCGUGAAAGGAAACUGACUUAUUCACAGACUAGAGACUUUUACCGUAUUGCUACUGCAAUGUCAAAAGGUUACAAACAGAUUCCUAUGAAGAUUUGUGCCUUUAAAAUUAAAACUGCCCUUGACUGUAAUAUACUUUACCAUUGAACACCAGCCUGCUUUUUCCUAAGUAUUCAGUGAAAUGAGGUUUUUAUGGAUGAUGGUGAACUAUGAAGUAAUGGAUUUUGCUAAUCAUUUGUGAUUCAAACAGAUGCUGUAUUUUAAAAAAUCUGUGUGAAUGCACAGGCUUAUUUUUAAAUUGUAUAAAUCAUGAGAAAAUAUGGCAAUGAUUAUUAAAUUUAAAGAUUUUUUGUAAGUAUUCAGGUGAUAUGUAUUAUGAAAUUUAUGUAUGUGCUUAAGAGAAUUUUUAAUCUUGACUCCUUCAGUUGUAUUUACUUGUCUCACUUAUGUAAAUACUUUAAAAAGGAAAAUCAUUUCAGCGUAUUUCAACUAAAAACAACAAAAUUAUGAACGUUUACAAUAGGGGGUAUACUCAGUUAAUGUCUAGUGAACCCUGAAAUUAUCUCCUGGAUAUCUGAUGAAACAGAGAUUAUAAAGAAAAGAUACAGGAGUUUUUGAUAA